CUCACAUCUCUACCAACUCUCCUCAAAAGCUCUCUUUCAUCAAUUCUCUGUCCUUAUUUGUUAAGUCAAGAAACAAAAAUCCAUAAACCAAAACGAAGUCUGCACCUGAAAUAUACUAUAUAUAGAGAGAUGGAUCAAAAUGUACCAGUAAUGGCAAAAAAGUUCUGGAAAAUAGUCCGAGUGGCUUUUUUCAUGCUGAGGAAAGGCUUAUCAAAGAGGAAACUAAUGUUUGAUCUCAACUUAUUAAUGAAGCGUGGCAAAAUUGCGAGCAAAGCCGCCAUUCAAAACCUCAUGUUCCACCAUAAUAAUAAUACCUAUGGCCACCAAUGUCCUUCCUCCACCUCAUCUUCCAAAGACUACUACGAAUUCAGCUGCAGUAACAGCCCUGCUUUUCACCUCCCCUUCAACCUCAACAAACGCAAUAAGCACAGUCAUCACCAUGAACCUGCAACUGACGACGACGUUUUAAUGGUGAACGCUGCUGUUUUGAAGGCGUUGGAGAUGAUUCAGAGUGAAACGGCGUCACCUGCUUUGCCUGGAUUUGGGAGAACUCCUACGGUGAGGCAAUUAAGGGUUACUGAUUCGCCUUUUCCUAUAAGAGAUGUUGAGAAUAAUAGUCACGUCGAUGAAAAAGCUGAUGAAUUCAUUUCAAGAUUCUACAGAGAUUUGAGACGAGAAGCUUCUGCUUUUGCUUAAUUUUUGAAGCUUUUGAGAAUUCAUGCAUGUGGUUAUAGCCUCUGCAAAAAAAACAAGAUUAUGGGGUAUUUGAGAAAUUUUUAGAAGAAAGCACAAAAAGAAAAUAAUGUUAGAAUAUAAAUGUGAGAAUACCCUCUUCGGUAAUUUGUUUCAUGCUAUAAUCAAUACUUUCAAGGCUGGACUCCUGAAAUUUUGCAUCCA